AUGUCUGCCCAAGGAUGGGAAGUCCGACAUUCCAACUCGCGUAAGCUACCUUAUUUCUACAACUCUCAAACGGGAGUUAGCAUGUGGGAAGCUCCUCCCGGUCUUACUCAAGAUCAAAUCUAUGCUAUGCCAGGGGCGAAAGAAAAUCUUCCUCCUAGAACAGCUCCUGGAGCCCCACAAGGUGCUCCACCUGCAAAAGAUGGUGGCAAACCAGGAGAAAUGAAGGCGAGUCAUAUACUUGCCAAACAUGCGGGCAGUAGGAGACCGAGCAGUUGGCGUCAGGAAAAAAUCACACGAUCCCUUCCCCAAGCUCGACAAGAAAUCGCCAACUACAUCAUCCACCUUAAAUCCCUUCCUCCUGAUCAACUUCCACAGGCAUUUGCAGAGAUUGCCAGUACACAAAGCGAUUGUUCGUCAGCGAGGACUGGGGGAAAUCUGGGAUGGUUUGGGAGAGGUCAAAUGCAAAAGUCGUUCGAGGACGCCACUUACGCUCUUCAAAUCGGUCAGCUGAGCGACAUCAUCGAAUCUGACUCUGGAGUGCAUGUCAUUCUCCGCACGGGGUGA